AUGGAUUUCACACUGGCCGACUCCGACACCACUCUCCUCGAUUUUGACGAGUUUGACACACCUGUCAGUACUCCCGCAAGAGCUCAGCCUGUGGAUCUCGACUUCGGUCUUGAAGUUGCCGUCGAGACCUCCGGUAAUGGGGGUUCAGGGGGCGGAGGAUCCGGCAACUCCGUGUUCACCGACAUGUCUGACGAAGAAAAUAGCGAUGACGAUGACGACUCUCACGCACCUGUCCAUUAUUCCGCGAACUUCGUUGCCGUAGAUCCCAGCGAGGAUCUCGAACCGGCCAUGGAGCUUGCUGUGGAUGCUUCCGGCAAUGGGGGUGGUGGUGGAGGAUCUGGCAAUGUCGUGUGUGCCGACAUGUUCGAUGACGAUUCUGGCGAUGACGACGAUGGUUCUAUCAACCUCUGGACUCGUGAGGAUGCAAUCAGAGCCCUCCAGGUGGAAUUCUGGAUGUACCACCCCGACCGCAAGCCUGGAGAAUGCGCCCAUAAUUGCGAAAACAUAUCCGUUGGGCCCAACCAUCCCCAGUACGACUUAUACGUGCAGAUUCUGGCCCUCAUCAACCUUUACUACGACGAACUCGACCGCCAGGGGGGGUCAUGCCUGGUUGACGAUAUAAAGCGUCAAGUCAAAUUCGCAUGGGACAUUUUCAGGGCGAACGCUUCCCUCGGAACCAGCGAUUACUGGACCGGGCUCCUCCCUAGUCGAGCUAGAAUAAUGCUCACCCGCUUCGUCGUUUCCUACGACGAUAUUGAUGGAUCCAUCGCAGCCAUGCUUGGAGAGAUGGGCCACAUCCGGAUGCUACACCUUGACCCUUAG